GGCGGAGCGAGCCGGGGCCAGGGCCGGGGCCAGGGAGGUCUACGGCUCCGGCUCCGGCCCACGCAGGGUACCUUCCCAGACAUGUCCCCCAACUACAUCCGGAGCUUCUCGGAGGGAUGUCUCAGGCCACCAACGGUAAUUGGCCAAUUCCACACUCUUUUUUUUGGCUCAAUUCGAAUGUUUUUCCUUGGCGUUUUGGGCUUUGCUGUUUAUGGAAAUGAGGCCUUGCAUUUCAGCUGUGACCCAGACAAGAGAGAGGUUAAUCUUUUCUGUUACAACCAGUUCAGGCCUAUAACUCCUCAGGUAUUCUGGGCAUUACAGCUGGUGAUUGUACUGGUACCUGGAGCCUUUUUUCACCUUUAUGCUGCAUGUAAGAGCGUCAAACAGGAAGAUAUUCUCCAGAAGUCAUCCUACACGGGUUUUUAUAUCUUCUCUGUUUUCUUAAGGAUUGUUCUUGAAGUUGUUGCUUUUUGGCUUCAGAUUCGGCUCUUUGGUUUCAAAGUGAAUGCAAUCUACAUGUGUGAUGUGGGAGCACUUGAAAAAAAGUUCAACAUUACCCGGUGCAUGGUGCCAGAGCACUUUGAAAAGACAAUUUUUCUUAUUGCAAUGUAUACAUUUACUGUGAUUACAAUGAUCUUGUGUGUUGCUGAAAUUUUUGAGAUCUCAUGUAGAAGGCUAGGUUUCUUAAAAACUCAGUGAUGUCAACCACUCCCACUCAUUUACCACCGUGUCCACCUGUAGUUUUAUCAAAAUUAUUUCAAACCAUAACAAAAAACAUCUCCUGUCCUCUAUGCAGUGUUGCAGAAGAGAACUUCAUUCAUGAUUACUGCUGCAGAAUAGUCAUCUGACAUUUACUCCUUAUCUAAAAACUACCAUAUUAUGUGAAUAAUCUUUGUUUCCACGUCAAGAUCAAAGACAGUAAGAUUUACAGGAGUAACGUAUUUUCAUGACCUGCCACAAACAAUAGUUCUGCUUCUAGAGGAGUGUCUGUAUGUGAGGAGGAGGUAAUUUAUAAGUGUACUGUUAUUCACAGCUUUUCUUAAUGCAUGCAAUUGGCACUAAUAAGGUUAUUGACCUUCCAAGAAAAACUAUUCUAAAUUUCUUACAUGUUCUUAUGGCUUGAGAAUUAAGUGGUAAUGGUCAAUAAUCUCUGAGUACCAGAACGCAUUAGAGCAUCUUCCCAAUCAGUGCCACUGUUGCAACCUGCAUCUCAGAUCCCUAGGGCAGAGACUCCUUGUUAAAACUGUGGGGACAACAUAUCCAUCAAUACCAGCUUGCUUUGUAGUGGUCCAGCUAGUGUCACCUGCUGGCUGGGAAUCUCCUUUUAUAAGUGAGAGAGUCACAUGGUAUUCUUUGUGCUGACUGGAAUGCCUUACCCUCCUUAUGUUUUGGCUUAAGAUGUAGAAGGUUUUUAACAAUUUAGUAUGUUCCCUUUUUGAAGGAGUAAAAGGGCUUUCUGACUUAAUUUUGCAUAAGAGGCUUACAAUUGUCAAAAUAAAAUCUCAGAGAUAAACCUUCUCUAGGCCCAAUAAUGACUUGAUUUCAGUGAGAGUUUUGCUUGUGUGUAACUGCAGAAUUGGGCCAACAGAAUCUUUUCCUGGAUAUGCCACAUCUAACUUCUUGCUCUGACUAAAGUUGCAGAAUAACAGCUAAAAAAGAAGUCUGCAUACUAAAAUUAUUCUAUGCAAUAAGUGUAUGUGGUUAGAUUAGGUUUCAAACUUUAUAUAAUGGCCAGUCUUCGCGAGCGAAGAUCCGGGGAAGGUCUUUCCACCUUCCAGCCUGCGCAUUGGAUUUUUUAGGUGAGACACAGUGUGCGUGGAACUGAGCCCACCCUUUAAUCCUAAGGUUCAUCUGCCGGGG